GUAUAAAUACUCUGGUCAUCACAACCAAAAGUAUCACAAUCAGUAAUCAUCUUUCAACAGUUUAGUCACAGCUAAAAAAAAAAAAAAAAUCAUCAACAUGAAGUUCCUUCUUGUAUCAAUGGCAAUACUUGUAGCUGUAUAUGCUCAACAACCACCAGUAGCAAUUUUACGCCAAGCAUCAGAUUCAUCACCAGAUGGUGCAUACAGUUACAAUUAUGAAGCUGAAAAUGGAAUUUCAGUUAAUGAACAAGGACGACUUGGACCAGCAGGUGAAGAAGGACAAGCUGUUGUUGUACAAGGAUCAUACCAAUAUGUUGGACCAGAUGGUGUUACAUAUGAAGUUAAAUAUGUUGCUGAUGAAAAUGGUUUCCAACCACAAGGAGCACAUUUACCAGUUGCACCAGAAGUACCAGAAGCAAUCCAAAGAUCAAUUCAAUUCAACGCAGCACAUCCAGAACCUGAACAACGCAAUCAACAACAAUACAGACGUUUUUAAAUUAAUCAAAUCAUUGUAAACUUGCCAUAUGUAUAGAUGUUAUGAACUAUUAUUUGAUCUCAAUAAAAAUUUAGAUUUUAAAUUUUAAAAAUUA